AUGAAGAGGCCUAAGACUGGCGGUGGUCCAAAGCCCCCAAGUCCAUCUCCCGCAGAAAAAUCCAUCUUGGAUAAUUUGGACGGUAGACCUUCUUUGGAAGGUAUACCUGGUGGGAUUGAUACAUCUGAUCUUUUGCCAAUCCAGCCUUCCAUCUCCUCAGACAUGCCUGAAAAGAUUAAAGAGACAAGAGAUUCUGUUAAGUCAAAGAAGAAAAUGACAGUUAAAGAUUUUGAACAGAGGAUCCUUGGUCUGGAAACAGAGAAGUUGCAGGAACAAAUUAUGAAGAUCAAGGAUGACAGAGAGCUAAUCCAAACACAGAAGUCCUAUUAUGAUUUAAAAUUUCAAAUUUUACUUAAUUCACAUCCAGAAGUAAUAGCUCAGGUGUUACAAAAUAAUGAAAUUUAAAUGUCUCACAUAUAGAUAUAGCUGCAGAUCUGUAGCUCUCUGAAAAAAUAUAUAUUGAUAGACUGGAGAGCUACAGUGCCACCCAUUGAAAAAAAUGUAAAUUUAUUGCACACAAAAAAGUGCGCGCGAUUCUUGAUUAAUUUUUUCCAAAUUCUUACCUCAAUUGCAAAAAAUGAAAGAUUUCAAAAAAUUACUCUCUCCUCUAUCAAGUUCUCUCGAAGUUGACAUUUGAACGAAGCAUAUUGGACCGAAUUAUCUUUGAAACCAAAAUGGCAGUAUAAAUAAGCGAAAUGUCCAACGAUUGCAACAUCAGGGCCAGGGGACUAUUAACAACAAUUAUGAGGAAUGUUUUGUUGUGGAAAGAGUCAAAGAAUAUGUUAGGAACACACAGUUAGUAAUAUUUUGAGAUUACAGCUUAAAAAACAUGGAGAAAUAAAUAGAGAACCGAGCACAUUCAUUUGUGCGCAAUAAAUAUACAUGUACAGUUUUUUCAAUGGGUGGCUCUGUAGCUCUCCGGUCUAUCAAUAUAUAAUUUUUCAGAGAACUACCGAUCUGCAGCUAAUAUAGAUAAAGGUACUCCAAGUUUUUUUUUUCUAUGUUUAACUGAUUUUUGUUUUUGUUUUUACUUAGCCAGUUGCUC